GUAAAUUCAUUUUGGGGAUCUGUUUGUAGUAAUUCAUGAUUGUUUUAGCGUAAUCGGGGGGCACUUCUGUUUCCUCAAAAGUAAAGGAGAUAUGUUGGGACUUAUUUUCGUUUACAUUGAUCUUUCACUUUCGCAACCACCUCUCAAUAUCAUGCAGAUGUUCCUGGAGAUAGUAAAUGGUCAUGACCGGGUCCUCGAGAACCGAGACUAUUAAAACUACUAAAACAUAAACUGACGAAUUUAAAAAAAAAAAAAACAUUAAUUCAUACAAAAUAAAUUGCCAAGACAAUUUCUCACUUAAAAUAGUCACGAUUAUACUCCGUAAGAAUGGUUUGAGCACUUUUAUCAAAAAUAUAUUUUUUCUAAACACACACGAUUCACGCUCGUAGGCUAAAUAUUUUACAAAAUUAUCGAAUAAAUGCAUUUUGUAUGACACUGUUCACAUGGCAUCACAGAUAAUAGCUUACCUUUGGUAUCAUAAUAUCCAAUACACGCGUGAGUUGAGCAUGAUUGUGCCUUCCACAUUAAUGAUAUAAAGAGACACAAAUUGCCCAUAAUACAAUUCAGUGUCGCUAUACCAUUCAUUGAGGAAUAUCGCGUGCAUAAUUUUUUUACAAAAUUAAUUGAGAGUGACUAUUACAAAAUGAACGCAACUAAAUACGAUAGUGUGAAAAAAAUUUGGAGUGGAGCUGAUGAUCCGAGUGCACUUUUCCAUGAAAACGUUACAAUUGGACGUGCUGUGCUGUACUUGCUGAAUUUGAAUCCUGCAAAAAUCUGCCAGGUUAGUGCUGAUGAUGGGAGUACGCGGACAAACGGGGAGAUCUACCAGGCAACGCUCAACAUUGCUCUUAAUCUCCAAAAACGUGGAUGCUCCAAAGGGGAUGUGGUUGGCUUCGUGUGCAGGAAUAGUCACAACCUCACGCCUGCCUUCCUUGCAGCACAAUUCCUGGGAGCUCCCACAAAUGCUCUGGAUGUAGCUUUCUCCAAAGAUGAAAUUGCUCACAUGUUCAAGACAACUGGGCCGAAAUUUGUCUUUUGCGACGAUGAUGUUGCACGAACAGUCCAAAAAGCUCUUCUUGAGAUUGGAAGUAGCGCCACAAUUAUCGUUUUGGGACAAAAAAUGGGCAACUUCACCCACAUUGAUGAUCUCUUGGAUGAUAAGGGCAAUGAAACGGAGAUCAAGAAGUUGCUACUUUAUCCACCAGAAGUCGAUAAGAAAUCAUGUUCAGCUAUUAUCUGUUCAUCAGGAACAACAGGCCCGGCCAAGGGUGUUGCAAUAUCACACGAAUCACUGCAACUAAUGUUCUGUCGUCCAGUAAUGAGUUCAUUUGUAGAGCCCAACGACUCAACGUUUUGCUUCUUUUCACUCAAUUGGUUUUCUGGCUACAUGUCAAUGUUUAUGAGCUUUUUCUUGGGAAUACAGAGAAUUAUCACAGCUAAACCCUUUUCUCCAGAAUGGCUGAUUGCCGUUGUAAAUAAUUACAAAGUAGCCCUAUUACUGACCACACCUGCUAAUGCAGCUCAGCUUGUAAAUUCUCCAGCCCUUAAGAAGGAUUCCCUUGAAGGACUUAAGGGCUACGUAUGUUGCGGAAGUUCAAUGAGCAAGGAGCUUUUGGAUAAAAUUCUAUCAUACGUUAGCAAUGGAAUGUUCACCGUUGGCUAUGGUAUGACUGAAGUUGGAGGAAUAUCUUCACAAUUUCUGUCAUCUUCCAAAGCUUCUGUUGGGAAUUUAACUGCAGGAUGUGUGGCGAAAAUUAUCGAUAAGGACGGGAAACAACUUGGUCCUGGGGAAUCUGGUGAAAUUUAUGUUAAAACCAGAACUCAAUUCAUGGGCUACUACAAUAACCCAAAAGCAACGAAGGAAACUCUGGACAAAGAAGGAUGGAUCCAUACGGGAGAUCUGGGGUACUUUGACGAAGACGGUUUACUCUUUAUAAGUGGACGCAAAAAGGAGAUUCUAAAGUACAACGGUUUCCAUGUGACUCCAUCGGAAAUUGAGGAAAUUCUCGAAUCCCAUCCAGGUGUAUCGCAAGCUGCCGUCGUGGGAAUUCCAGACCCGGUCUGUAUGGAACUCCCAGCUGCAGUUGUGGUCCGGAGGAAUGGUACUUCCGUCACAGAGGAAGAGCUCUCAAAGUUGGUUGGGAUGAGUGUUUCAGAUUACAAAAAACUCCGCGGUGGGAUUUACUUUGUGGAUGAUUUCCCGAUGACACCAUCAGGGAAGAUAAGGAAGCCAAAAGUUAAGGAAUUAGCUAUUAGUCUAUAUAGUGCUAAGCAAGCACAUAAAUUGUAAAUUCAUUUUGGGGAUUUUUUAAAAAAUAAAUAUUCAAUAAAUUGAUUGAAAAUA